CGAAGCGGCUCUCUGGCUUUGGGCAGCCUCCCUCGCCGCCGCAGGGGCCGAUACGUCGAACGAAUCGGCGCGACGGAGCGGGAGACGCGGAUCGGCGGCAUGGCGCCAGCAGCCGCCGACCCCAUGGCUAAGGACACCAUGGACUACCUGCAGUCCGUGGCCGCGGCGCGGGCCCGCUGCGACGCGGUCUUAGCAUCGAAAGCAGUCGACGAGCCACAGCCGACGAACGUAGAAAAGACGAAGAACGCGCUGAGCGAGGCGCCGUCGGCCGCGUCGGUACGCGCCGUGUUUCCCCGCGCGCCGAAGGUGAAAGUGACCGGCGAGCUCCCGGACAAAGACGCGCCGCCGCCGUCGCUCGAAGAGUGCCAAGACCUGCUGGGAGACGGCAAAGUGGAAGUUGUCGUAGAGGAUUUAUCAGGAAGACGCUUCGACGAGGUGCCCGUGCUCGCGUUGCCGAACAUGUUCGUGGAAGCAGGCACGGUAGUGGACGAGGACCCGGCGGCGCGCGGGGCCGUCGGCGGCGUGGCGGGCGCGUGUGCCGCCGCCAUCAGAAUUGCUGAUAGAUCAUUGCCGGAGCCGUACGUCGUUUCCCUGGCAAGGGCGUGUACGCAAGUUGCCGUCUUCGGCGCGCAACAUUUGAGGCAUCCUGAGACACAAGCACCUUUGCCGAGGUGUCGCAAAGAAGCGUGGACCUUCUCCAAAAAACGGCGGCGGGAUAGCUGUGUGUGUCGCAUCGGCGUGCAUUCUUGGUCAUCAACAUAUAGGGGUCUAGGUGUAGAAAUAGCGACAGCAUCGCAAGUCGCUGUCGCUGGUACUGGAGAGGCCGGCGACCAGGCGACGUUGAACUGCGUCGGGCGGCUGUGGUGCCCGCUCCGACCGGACGUGCUGGGAGACGAACUCGAUGAACUCGACGCCAUCCAAUUCACAAAGUGCUGGUACGAGUUCUGGACCGAUUCCGUGGAUGAGAUAGAGGACACUUCGACCAUAGCACCGCCAAAACGGCUGAAACGAUCGACAGCGAUAGGCGCCCAAACGGUGGGCUGGGGCGAGUCGCCCAUGCGAUGCUUGGGGCGUGAUUUAGGAGCAGUAGCUUCCCGACCACAACCACUAUUCAUCCGAGACCUGGAGGCGCUGGAGCGCAUCAAAACCGUCGCGUGCUCCGCGCGGCAUACGGUAGUCCUGACGUGGCGGGGCCGCGUGUUUUGUUGCGGGGACAACGAAGACGGCGCGUGUGGUGUUGGAGGGACACAAAAAGUAUCAAGGUUGGCAGCAGUCUCGUGGCCCGACGACGCGCCUAUACAAUGUACGAAAAUAGCCGCUGGUGCGGACGUCUUUGGGGCUUCUUCUUGCGCCGUAUCAAGUGAAGGGACUUUAUAUUGCUGGGGUUCUGGGGUCGCCUGUGCUUGUAGGACGACCGCACCUAGGUUGACCCCUACUGCUGUUUCUUUUUCAGAUGAGGACGUUAGGGUUGUCUCGAUCUCGGCGGGCGGGUCGUUCUGUAUAGCACUCGACGAAAACAAACGCUUGUGGAGCUGGGGCAUGUACGCGUCCGGAAGAUUGGGUCUCGGGCAGCCUCCCAAGAUCCGGGAUCCUCGCAUCCGGGAAGGCGACGUCGAGCGGCCUGGGAGAAGUGCCCGCUUACAAUUAGCGCCGAAGCUCAUCGAACGAGUAUCACUCCAAAGAAGCGACAAGAUCACGUACUACGAAGCCGACGAAUCGCAGACCGUAGCUUCACCAAUGUGGGCCUCCGUAGUAUGUGGAGAGGCCCACGCCCUGGCCAUCGACGAACAUGGUCGGUUGUACGCCUUCGGCUCGAACGCCCACGGCCAGCUAGGCCUGGGCGUGGCGAAGAAUGGCGGCACGCAGGACGCGUUUCUCCCGACACCCGUCAAUCCCUUCUUUACGCAGCAAAGAGUCGUCCACGCCUCCGCGGGGCCGACUCACUCCGCUAUUAUUGACGAGAAGGGCCGGGCCUGGACCUGGGGCGGCGGCGGCCACGGCUUGGCUUUAUUAGGUCAUGGCGCGCGGAAAGCCGACGCGCCUCCCCUCAUGUCCACGACGGACUGGAUGGCUCGACGAGUUACAGAGAGAAGGAGACCGACGUCCCAAAAGAGUGUGCGAGGGGCGUUUCGAGCAACUAGAACGUUGGUCGAGCUGCGCUUCGCCUGGCCGCGACGGGUCCACGGGUUGGAUGGAUUGGCUAUUGCCCAAAUCGCGUGCGGCGAGCGGCACACCGCGUUCUUGACCCAAGAGGGGUCCUUGUAUACUUGUGGCGACGGUCUAGCUUUAUUAGGUGCCGACGAGACGACGGAACGAGCUCGUAGAGUAGGCGAAGUCGUCCGGGACGAGGAGGCGCUGCUGCAAGCUGCGGUAGAAGCAUCAGUAGUGGACGUGCCGCGCCAGCCGAACGCCGCCUGGCUGCCCGCGCUCGACGGGAAGCGCGUCGAGCGUGUUUCCUGUGGCGGCCAGCAUACCGUUGCAUUGGUGAGUGGUUCGCAAGCCGCGCAUUUGUUAGGUGCUAAAUUAUGGAAAGCCGCGAGGAAAGCGACGCAAGAGUUGAAUGGCGAACCCACGUCUGAUGGGGAAGAAGACGCUCUUGUCGAUUGCUUAUUAGUCCCUGGAGGCGGCGACCCGAUCUAUGCUCAUCUCGCAGUACUAGCUGCUCGGUCGCCCAUGCUUGAAGAGCUCAUAAUGCUCGAGAAGAGAGAAGACGGCGACGACGACGGUUAUUUGCAGAUAUUAGUGCCUGAUCUCAGUCCAAGAGUCUGUGAACUCUUCUUAGAAUACUGCUAUAGAGAUGAUAUUUUCGAGCCUCGAGACGCACCUCUACCACUCCCACUCAUAGCGGAACUCAAGAAGGGCGCCGAAUUAUAUAAAACACCUAGACUCGCUUCAUUAUGCAGUCAAGCGCUAGGUAACGUGCAAAUCGACGAGUCGUACGACGACGUCUUACCAUCUUCAUUGGCGGAGGAUUUCGAAACGCUAGUGAACAAGGGGGACUUCACGGACGUGACCGUGAAGGCGUCGAAGGGUCAAGUCCGGGCGCACCGGCCCGUGCUUGCAGCUAGGUCUGACUACUUCCGGGCGAUGUUCCGGAGUGGCAUGCGGGAAUCUAUAGAUGACGGCUUCCAAGCGAAGCAGCGUUGUAGAGUGGAGGUCUGCGUGCCGGAUGAUGAUGAUGACGUUUCUAGGUUGUUUCGAGCCGUGUAUUCCUCGAAACUACCUUUAGGAGAUGGUGAUCGAUUCUUGCGAGACGUCGUGGCCGCGGAUAGAUACGGCUUGGAGGAUGUGCGAAGGCUCGGCGAGGCGGGCUGCGCCACGUCUGAUUCUGCGGAUCGGUCGGUCGUAUUACAGACGGCUUCUCGCAUUGGCGCGGCGAACUUGUAUUCGGAUCAAUUAGGUAAAGCUUGUACGGACAUCGCGGAUUUAAACAUCAAGGAGUUGGGCACGGAUGUCCUGGAGGAUCUGAUGACGACGAUAGCGUCCCAACGACCGCAUCUGUUGAGGCCGGCGGCGCCGCCGGAACCACCAUAUGAUCCAGAUAAAGUGAUAUCGACACCAAUAGCGGCCGGCAAUUUAUCGUGGAAGCAUUCGGUCGCCAUGACCCUCGCGGCCAUGGUGACGUUCAUCGCCCAGUCGGCUUAUAGAUUCCGGCAGACGGCGUCGAUGGUCAUCAACGGGAUCUUCCUGGUUUUUGUCUUGUGGCUGUACCGGGACUCGGCGCGGCGCGAGGCUGCCAAAGCGCGUAAGAAGAAGGUGUAGUUGCAAUUCGAUGUGGUGGGGAUUGCCGACGCGGGUAAUCGACG